CUGAUUGAUCUAAUUAUUGACAUACUUUCACCCCAAUUAUUGACACCUAUUCAACAAGCAAAAUUUUUAACUAUCGUUUUAGGAGAAAUGAAUGAAUAUGCAUUCCCAAUAAUAUAAGGCCACGCCAUGCAUUUCAAAGAAAUCUAUUCAGAUUGUUUUAAAGAUCUUCAAGACCAUGUGGAUAUGGAAUUUCACCGGGUACAUGAAAAAAAAGUUUCGUUUGAUAGUAUCUGUAAAGUUUUGCACACAGGUGCUCAUGGAAUUAUUGAUGAAAAUAACCCUGAAAUGAAUCAAUUUCUUCGAAAAAUAAUGACCUUAACAUUAUUGCCGUUCUACCUCAUUGACGGCGAGUUGAAAAAAAUUGGUGAAAAUUUACCCGACGACGGUGCCGAAAGCUUUAAAGAGUUCAUUACAUACUAUGAGCAGAAAUGGAAAAAAGAUCUUCUUCCCUCAAAAUAUAGUAUUUUUGAGGAAAUACGGACCAUAAAUGACGUUCCAGAAAUACAUUUAGUCGAUUGGUAAAAAUUUGGCAAAGCAUGUCAAGGAUUGUAGGAAGUUUCGGGAUUCGCCAGAUAAUUUUAAAAUUAAUUUCACUCCUCGUGUUAAUUGUUCGAUCAACAACAGAAAUUAUUUUGACUGCUAUCGGAACACCGAAUUGAAGCAUCGGAGUUUUUAGAACGAGCGAUGGUAGUGAUGCACGACUACUAUAAUGAUUUCUUUUUUGAUAAAUAUUUAUUAGAGAAGGAAUUGACAGAUAUGAGUGAUCGUAUAGACGCCUUCUUUGCCGAAUUACCAGACGCUUCAUUUGUUUUUGAAAAUAAUGUGGGAAAUGAUGACGACGAUGUCCAGAGAAGCGAAGCUGUUGUAAAUGAAAUGCAACGAGUCAUUGAUGUACUUCAACCAGCUGAUGUUAAUGCCGAAGUCAUUGAUGGUAAUGACAUAUAUAAUGCUCGAUGCAGGAGAUAUAAUGUUGCAAUCGUCACAACAAUAAAUUUGCCAUGCAAACACAUUGAGUCUUGCAAUAAUUGUAUUACGAGAGAAAAUAACGUUUGCUCCACAUGCAACACUUUAAUAGCUAGAACAGAGCGUGUUUUCUUACCAAACGACACUGAAGGUGAUGGGUACAAUCUCAACUGUGAGAUUUGUUACGAGAAGCCCACAAAUAUCAUGUGGACGACCUGUAACCACGGAUUGAACUGUCGAAGGUGUGCCGUAGCAGUGAUUAGAGGGAAAACGGACAACCUUUCCACUACAACAAAAAUACAAUGCCCGCAUUGUAACCUUCGGGCUGAAGGGUUCAUGGAAUUUGAGUUGAGUGUUUAGGAUAGGAUUAUCUAACAGUUCCAACAGCCUUCAUAAUUUUCACGAUUAAUUAAGUUUAAUACAUUAAAAAUACUCA